CACACGAUUUUGCAUUUCUGGCAUAGUAGGCAAAACAAAAGUGUUCUUACAGUGGAAAGCACAGACACAUAGCACGUAGUUAACACUUUGAUCCCCCUCAUGUUAAUCCCUUCCUGUCCAGUGCCAUUCAUACAGUGUCAGUGCUUUUUAUUAACACUGAUCACUGUUUUGGUGUCACUGGGGAUGUCAUUGACACCAAGUCAGUUCCCCCCAGUGUCAGAAUGCCUGCCGCAGUCCUGCUAUAAGUCGCUGAUUGCUGCUAUUGCUAGUAAUAAACAAAUUCCAGUAUCUAUACCGCAGUUUGUAAACGCUAUAACAUUCAUGUAAACCAAUUAAUUUA